AUGAAGAAGGAGGAACGGCGGAGUCCUAUAGCACAAUGUGACCCGCUACAACGGGUUAGAAACCAGCACUCCAUUGUUUUUUGUCCAAAGACCUUGAGUGGUUAAGGUUAAAGAAGACGUCGCGUCUGUGUAUUUGAAUAUUAAUGCAGUGAAGGGCAGAAGCAGACAGGAGAAAUGUCUCAGCAGCAGCAGCAGCAGCAGCAGCAGCGGGUGGUUCAGCUGUCAGCGGCCGCUCUGGCUGUGGUGCUGCGGAGAGACGAUGAGGACUCGGCUCACAGCUCCAGCGGCAGAGAGGUUUUUAUGGAUUUUAAGUCCCAAAACAUGCGCAGUUCGUGGAAUAAGAGACUGGUGAAGGCCGUGGCUGAAGUUUACUUCCAAGGCUGGAUGGAGAAUUGUGUGCUGCUGAUUCAAGGGAGUGGCAGUAAUUUGGAGGUGCUGAGGGAAGCGUGGAUGCGCAGAGCUCUCAGGUCACCUAAAGGAUUCACUAUCAGAGCUGUGGGUGACUUGUCCCCAGUGCAGAUGUCACCUAUUGCUCAGUCACAGUUUAUUCCACUUUCUGAGGUAUUAUGCUCAGUCAUAUCUGACAUGAAUGUUGCUCAAAUUACAGUCAACCAAGAAGCACUGAUUAAUCACAUGAUGAAGGCUCAUCCAGGAAUGACCAUUCCCACGCAAGACAUCCUCUACAAUGCUCUGGGAUCACUGAUCAAAGAGAGGAAAAUCUACCACACUGGAGAGGGAUACUUCAUUGUUACACCUCAGACUUACUUCAUCACCGACACUACAGCGAAGGAGAAAAACUGGUGGACGAGCGACAAUGACAAUCACUCUCCUCCUCCUAUCACCUACCUAAUGAGUAAUGACACUUGCCUUGAUUCCUCUCUUGAGGUACCCAUCAUGUCCCACUGCCAGUCCUGUAGCUGCUUCACACCACAGCUAACUGCUCCUCCAUCUGUCCAGGAGCAAUCAGUCAGCAUAAGCGAAUGCACUGGAAAAAGCCUUCGGUGGCCCAGAGAACACAAGCCCACUGUACAACACCAGUCCACUUCCACGGCAGCAGACCAGGCCAGUGAAAUCAGCAAGUCUACAAUCACUACACGUAGGGACAAGGAAAAGCCUGGACGCAAAUUUGGCCUGAACUUGUUUCGUCGUAACACAGGAAAGAAGGAGAACAAGGUGAAGAAGGAAUAUGUCACUUUCUCUGGGCAGUUCCCACCUGAAGAAUGGCCGGUCCGGGACGAAGAUGAUCUAAAUAACCUUCCCAGAGAUUUGGAGCAUGCUAUCAUUAAACGGAUUAACCCUGAAUUAACUGUGGAUAACCUGGUUCGCCAUACAGUCCUAAUGAAAAAACUGGAGGAAAAGGCAGAGAGAGUGACAAAGGCCUUGACUAGUGACAAAGGCAUGUCCACAGAGAUCCUGGUCCCUAAGCAGAGGCACCAUUCAACUAAAGCUGGUGCCAAAAGACCCUUAAGAGCCAAUCGGAGCAAGAGAAGAAGUACAUCGGCCAAGGAAAAACAGCAUACAAAAAAUAAGGAUAUACCACGUGAUGAGGAUUUACAGACGGAUGAUGUUAUUCCAUCACACCUCAGACCUGAAUUAGUUCCUGAUCAAGCAGACAAUCAUGAAGAAUGUGUGGAAUUAGAUGCAAAAUUCAUCUACAAGAAACGCAUAGAGGAACCAUUUCAGCCAAUUCGGGAUACAGCUGUGACCCACAAAGAACAAAGGAGGAGAGAGGCCAAGGCCUCUAGUCGACGAGAACGAACAGGUCACAGGUCAAAGUCCUGGGAUCCUCAUAAUGUGGAAGAGGUUGGUGAAGAGGUGGACAAAGCCCAUGCACUUAUAGAUAGAUCCUGUGAGCAGCUUGAUGUAAACAGACUCAACUCCGACUCUAUGAUAGAUGCUAAAGCCAUUAAAGAACUUCCUGGAGACUACAGCUCUGUUUACCCUGAGAACAGCACUCUAAGGAUGGAAGACAAGGUCAAACAGAGAGACGCCAAAGUCAGAGGCAGACAGCACAGAGAUGGCAAAGCAAAAGAAAUCAAGAGGGUUUUACAAGAGAGGGAUCUGAAAAGUUUUUCUGACCAAAAGCACCUUACAAACCUUGCUUUACAUCCAUAUGAAACAACAGAUUUACCCCUGUCAUGGACGCAGCCUUUAGUUCAGCGCAGACUAUCACUCCAUCUCGUCAACAGUACAGAGGAAUCUGAGCACUGUCCAGACCUUUUGUCUUCACACCAGCAAAGUGGCAGCAUGAUAAACAGCCAACAUCUAGCGGACGCUGAAGGUCCGCACAGAGACGCAGGCCAUGCGGACAUGGAAGUGUAUACUGAUGAUGAACACCACAUUUACCAGAAAGUAGAGGAAGAUGACGAUGAUUGUUGUAGCUCCCUCUGCCUUAAUGAGGAGCGUGUCAGCGAGUUACCUAACUCCGGCACAGCCCGCUGUCGGGAUCCCGUCUGUCUAGAUGGGGACUGGGACAACUCUUUCAUGAAUAAUACCCCAUUAACCCUUCAUUUAGAGUCUAUACGAGCCACUCAGAGACAACAUGAAUACAGAUGGCAGUCUUCUGAGCACAAGCGUAGUCAGUCUCAUCAAUCAGCAGAUGGCAGCCCCAACCAAAUGCCAAGGUGUCUAGAUGAGCUCAUGCAAGAGCCCAGUUCAGGCCACUCUGACCCAACUGAUGCUUUUGACGGCAGCAUUUUUGAUUACUGUCAAACUACUGAGGAGGUCUUGGACACUGAAACAAUACAGAAGUCUGCAGAUGAAGGAGAUGCCCAAGCCAGACACUGGAAUAGUCACCCACAUGUGAAGGACUUCAGUAAAAGUCAAUCAGAGGACCUUGAUCACCUUCAUUGUGUAAGCACAAAUCACUGUGAUCCUACUGGAGUAUGCAUAGGAGAAACAUCAGAGAAUCAAAGCUACACAGCAGACAGUGGAAUUGACUCUCCAAGGACACGCAUGAGUCAAACUUCAUCUAAAACAGUGAUACUGAAAGGCCUGAAGCGGCGCAAUUUCCUACAGAACCUUGAAAAUCUCAACUCAAAAAACAACGGCAUUCAUCCUCAGAGUUCCUUGCUCCAGCUUACACCUGUCAUGAAUGUGUAAAUGACUGGGUGGAGAGACAGGCACUUUGCUUUGAGCUCAUUCUUUUGCCUUUGUAUAAUUGUGUAUAUUUAUAGUUAUUGUGUGUAAAUAUCUUUAAUUGCACAUUAGUGUAAUUUUUGGGUACUUGAACUAUCUAGGGUUUUAUAGCUUUCUCUGUGCUAAUUUUAGUACUGAAAUACUCUGUUUACAAGGUAGGGUGUAUUACUUUAAUGAUUUUAACCUUCAAAACAUGAUGCCCUUUGUAAACAACAAUAACAUUUGUUAUGUUAUACCAAUAAAAAA